GAUACUUAAAUGUUGUAUAUUUUUCUGCCUUUGUAUAAUCAGAGGCAGCUUUGAACCAUCUGGAAUUGUUACAUAAUAUACUGUGGUCAGUGACUUUUUUUUCUUUUCUUUUUACUUACUUUUUUUGGAUUCUAAGGUUUCCUUUCUCUUUCACCUUUCCACUGUCAUAUGCCAUGUAUCUUGAACAUAGCUCAAUGCUUGACCAGAAUAAUCUCUCUUGCCAGCUUAUAAUCAAAGGGAGUACUGAGAAAAACAGCUGAGCUGUAUUAGGCAACCACCGUCUGGACUGCAUUUCUUAACUGGUGAAUAACACAUCACAGGUGCAGGAUUAGCGUUGCCUACGGUGCUGUGCUUUUUAGUGGACACCCCUAGCAAUUCUGUGUGUCCUCCUCAUGUCUCGUCCCAACGAACCUGGCAACGAUCUAUCAAGCGUACAGAAAUCAAAAAUGUCUGUUCAAAGUAGUUUUACACUUCAAGCUGUCUUGGGAAUGCUUUGCAAAGCUGCGGAGUAAGUUUUGGUGUGGUGGCUAGUUGAACAUCCGCUUUGAUUAGCUUUAGAACUCCGUGAAGCAGAGCAUGGAUAGAAAGUCACCGAAUAAACCACAGCUCCUGGCUUGGCAGUCUGCCAUGUCCUGGUUGAUUCUUUGACAUUAUUGUCAAAGAGGCUGUGGUUCAGUUUCUUUUCCAACAAAGAAAAGAACAGACAUAUUAAGUAUUUUAAAAUGCAGAGAUUUUUUUAACUUCUAAAAUCAUCCUAUUAGCUGUGAUUAUGCUAUUUUAUGGAUGUAGAUUCAGUUUGAUGUUAAACUAUCUUUAAACAUGGUGGUUACUUGCUUGUAAAGUUUAUUAUUUCUUAUGUUGAUACUUUUAUUAGGAUACUUGUUAUCGUGUCAUGUUUUAGAGUAUUUUCAAAGAUUUUUAACUUAUAUGAACAUUUUGGUUGAGUUUCUCCAAAUUCGAAAGCAUAUUAAAACCUGUGGGAAAGCUAGCUACUGUUUUACCUUUAAAGAGUAUAAAUGUGAUGUCCAAAGAACUAAAAAUCGUGUUAUAAUCAAUUAUGAUGCUUACUUAGGCUCAUAAGUCUGUAUUAGUUACCUACAAAACAAAUAGGAAUAUAUAUGUUAUAUGUUCACAUUUAUGUAAUAUUUUACCUUUUUAUGAUUUGUUCAACUCAUAUCUAGCAUCCCAGAAUAUAAAACACUUGAAUUAUUGAAGCUUUCACUUUUUACCCAGAUGUUUUGGGCUCUCUGGGCAGAACUUUUAUGAGAUAAAAUGCUGAAAACAUGAUUAUCAUACAGAAACUGAGUGCUAUGGUAAUGUGGAUGUUUGAUUUGUCUCACCAGCAAGAUUGUUACAUUACUGAAAGUACUUCAAGUGCUCUGGGCCAUUGUGUUAUGUAGAUGGAAUGGAUUUAAUGACUAUUUGCUAAAUAAAUGAAUAAUGAAUAACAAUGUAUUAUUCAGCUGUGAACAAAGUGUCAGUGUUUCGUGAACCACAAAGCUCAAUAUUUUUAUAGACUUUCUGUGCACGGUGAUGAACCCAGAAAGGCAAAGUUAAUGGAAGUAACAUGAAGCAAAAGAAAGGGGAAUUGAAGAGGAAGAGAGAAUCAGGAUGAGAGAAAGAGGAUGGGGAAAGAAGAAAGGGAAGAGAAGUAGAAACAUUUAGGAGAUAAAGGAGUAGAGAAAAGGAACAAAAACAAUUGAGGGAGAGAAAGAGAAAAAUCUGAAGAAUGAAAACAAAAAAAAAUGAAUAGUAAGCUUCAGCAGCACAGAAAACAACAGUUUACUAUUAUUCACUCUUAGAAUGUGCAAGGAUCUGUGAUAGGUGCUUUACUUGGAGUCUCUCAUCCAGUUCUCAUAGCGAGCCAAGGUGUGCUGCCACUUUGCACAUCCUCUGUUCGAGAGCAAACUUCCUUGAUAACAUGCUUUUGCGAAGUUCAGGAAAAUUGAACGUGGGCACCAAGAAAGAGGAUGGUGAGAGUACAGCCCUCACCCCUCGCCCAAAGAUCUUGCGAUGUAAAUGCCACCACCAUUGUCCAGAAGACUCAGUCAACAAUAUUUGCAGCACAGAUGGAUAUUGUUUCACAAUGAUAGAAGAAGAUGAUUCUGGGAUGCCUGUGGUCACUUCUGGAUGUCUAGGACUAGAAGGCUCAGAUUUUCAGUGUCGGGACACUCCCAUUCCUCAUCAAAGAAGAUCAAUUGAAUGCUGCACGGAACGGAACGAAUGUAACAAAGAUCUGCAUCCUACCCUGCCUCCACUCAAACACAGAGAUUUUGUUGAUGGGCCUGUACACCACAAGGCCUUACUUAUAUCUGUGACUGUCUGUAGUUUGCUGUUGGUCCUUAUCAUUUUAUUCUGUUACUUCAGGUAUAAAAGACAAGAGACCAGGCCCCGGUACAGCAUUGGAUUAGAACAGGAUGAAACGUACAUCCCUCCUGGAGAAUCCCUGAGAGACUUAAUUGAAUCUCAGAGCUCAGGAAGCGGCUCAGGCCUCCCUCUGCUGGUGCAGAGGACUAUAGCUAAGCAAAUUCAGAUGGUGAAACAGAUUGGAAAAGGGCGCUACGGGGAAGUCUGGAUGGGAAAGUGGCGCGGCGAAAAGGUCGCUGUGAAGGUGUUCUUCACCACGGAGGAGGCCAGCUGGUUCCGAGAGACAGAAAUAUAUCAGACGGUGCUGAUGAGGCAUGAAAACAUUUUGGGGUUCAUUGCUGCAGAUAUCAAAGGGACGGGGUCCUGGACCCAGUUGUACCUAAUCACAGAUUACCAUGAAAACGGUUCCCUCUAUGAUUACCUGAAGUCUACCACCCUAGAUACUAAAUCGAUGCUGAAGUUAGCGUAUUCUUCUGUCAGUGGACUAUGUCACUUACACACUGAAAUCUUUAGUACUCAAGGCAAGCCGGCAAUUGCCCAUCGGGAUCUGAAAAGUAAGAACAUCCUGGUGAAGAAAAAUGGAACUUGCUGUAUAGCCGAUCUGGGCUUGGCUGUUAAAUUUAUUAGUGACACGAAUGAAGUUGACAUACCACCCAACACUCGAGUUGGCACCAAACGCUAUAUGCCUCCAGAAGUGUUGGAUGAGAGCUUGAAUAGAAAUCACUUUCAGUCUUACAUCAUGGCGGACAUGUACAGUUUUGGACUCAUCCUUUGGGAGGUUGCUAGGAGAUGUGUAUCAGGAGGUAUAGUGGAAGAAUAUCAGCUUCCCUAUCAUGAUCUAGUGCCCAGCGACCCCUCUUAUGAGGACAUGAGAGAGAUUGUGUGUAUCAAGAAGCUGCGUCCCUCCUUCCCCAACCGGUGGAGCAGUGAUGAGUGUCUCAGGCAGAUGGGGAAACUCAUGACAGAGUGCUGGGCUCACAGCCCUGCUUCCAGACUGACGGCUCUGCGGGUGAAGAAAACACUUGCCAAAAUGUCCGAGUCCCAGGACAUUAAACUCUGAAUUGAGGGCAAAAAUAGGCACCUCUGGAGAAAGCCAGUAGAUACUCUUCUGUUUGUGGGCAGAGCAAAAGAUGUUCCAGAAGCAUCCACAGUACAAGCCGCGAACAUCGUCCUGCUUCCCAGGAAGUUUAGCCUCACCUCUCAGGGAGCAGCUUGGACAAAGAGAAGUUCCCAGAAACACGGAUUCAUCAUCGUGUCCGUCUGUAGGAGGGAGAAACUGCUUGGGUAACUUGUUCAAGAUAUGAUGCAUGUUGCUUUCUAAGAAAGCCCUGUAUUUUGGGAUUGCCUUUUUUUUUUUUUUUUUUUUCUUCCAAAAGAUGCUUUAAUUUUGCCAAAAUAAAACAAAUAAUGUAGAUGUU